CACGUGUUCUGAAUGUCGCACUCAGUGGGACAGUGUUCAGACCUUCAUGAGAGCAGUGCGAUAGAAAUCUGAUACUGCUGAAUAACCAUAAAAUGACAUUUCUCGGUUUCAGCGGCUGACGCAGUUUGUCUUUUAUAUAUAAAUUCACAUGAGUUCGUACAGGCUUGAGAAGCUGAGGGCUCACAUCUCUCCAGAUAAUAAGAUCACAGCAAUGGCGAACUCACCCAGUCCUUUGACCACCCAUGUGCUAAAUACUGCAAUGGGAGUCCCUGGGUCAAACAUGACCCUCAGCCUCUAUAGACAAGACCAGUCCACUAAUGCCUGGAGCUUGAUAACCACUGGCAUCACUAAUAAUGAUGGACGUUGCCCAGGACUCAUCACAAAAGAACUGUUUACAGCUGGAGUGUACAGAAUGCAUUUUGACACUGCUCAGUACUGGACUGGUUUGGGGGAGACCAGCUUUUAUCCCUAUGUAGAGAUUGUCUUCUCUAUAAAUGACCCUGAGCAAAAGUACCAUGUCCCUCUGCUCCUGAGCCGUUUCUCAUACAGUACGUACAGAGGGAGCUAGAAAACGUGUGAAGAACUCCUGAGACUGAAUACGUUCUCAUGCUACAGUGAACUGUUUUAUCAGUUAUUUAACACAUCACAGGUAAAACCUGAGAAAAAGCCAAAACCAUCCAUAGGGACGAGAGGUCCCGAGUCAAAACUACAAUGUAAUGAUUCUAUUUGAAUAAAGUUCUAUACCUCAUUGAAAUAAACAAUUGUUUGUUUGUUGCGCUUUUUAAAAAGAUGUAUCGCAGUCAAUAAAACAUACGUGAAUGCAUUUACAUCUCU